CAAAGGUCCACUGAUGAGCCUCUAUUUAAAUCACCUGUGCUGAGGCAUUGAAACCUAAACCUACAGAGCAGGGUGACUGACUCCGUAGGGGAAGGCUCUGCUUCUACUACUUUAAUCUGUUGAUUUAUUGAAGGAUUUGAGUUGGUGACGGCUGAAAAGCUGCUGUUGUUGGAUCAACCAUGCUUGGCAAGAUCCACACAGAUUUGUUGAUCACUGUGGCACUAAUCUUUUUGGCUCAUUUGGAAUCUAUGUGCAGAGCUGAAAAUGAUUUGUCUUUGGUAAAAUUACCAGGGUGGAAAGACACCUCAGAUUAUGUUGGCCGGUGUUUCUACAGCCAACAUGGGAAUCUGACUUGCGACUGGACAAGAAGCCAAACGGGAGAUAAUUCAGUGGAAAUACUGAUGAGCCAUCCACUGACUGUCACUGGCAAGGCCUGCUUGGAGUUCUGGCAUCUGGCUUCAGGUGUUUCCAGUGGCGCUACAUUGCGUGCUUUGCUGAAAAGCGGCUUGAGGCAAGUGGAAAUCUGGACUUCUCCUCCUCUCCCCAGAGAUGCAUGGAGACAAGUCUCAGUGCCCCUGAACCUUACCGAACCAGGCACUCAGGUCAUAUUUGAAGCUGCCCAUCCACUGUCUGUAGAUCAGACAACAUUAAAACAGAUUGGCAUAAGAAGUGGAUCAUGUAGAAACCAGUGUGACUCAAACACUGACCUGUGGACUGGAGACUCCACACGCUGCCUUUGCUCAGUUGGUCAGCUGUUCUGCUUUCUCUCUCAUUGCCCUAAGGGCCAAAUAUGUGGUCUUGAAAGAGAUGAACCCAGGAGCCUUUCCCCUUCAGGCGUGUGCACUAUUCAAAGCAACACGGAUUGUCACACCUUUGAUGGUGCAUUGUUCCGCUUCACUUCCCCCUGCACAUAUAUACUGGCCAAAACGUGUUCAGCAUCUGAAGCUCUGCCAAAGUUCACUGUUGCUGUAGCCAACAUGCAAACGGGCAAUGUGUCGCAGCCUACUAUACAGCGAAUCACUGUAAACCUGGGGAACACGAGGGUGUCCUUGCUAAAGAGUCAGACCCACUGGGUUGUGGUUAAUGGCAUCUGGCGAGAGCUUCCACUAAACCUGAACAAUAAUACGAUCCACAUUGAGAGCAACCCUGCUGCUGUAGUAGUGCGAAGCAGUUCUGGAGUGUCUGUUUCCUUUGACAAUGCUGGGGCUCUUCAGCUCAGAAUUCCAUUACAAUAUUCUGACAGGGUUUGUGGAUUGUGUGGCAACUUCAAUCAGCUCCCAGGAGAUGACUUGCUCAAGCCUGAUGGCACAAAAGCUGAAAGUGCCACAGCUUUGGCUGAGAGUUGGCAAACUGGGGGAAAUGUCUCCUCCUGUGAAGCCAUUCAAGUACCACAACAGUGUAACGCACGAGAUGAGGCUCAUUAUAGCAGUGAGAAUUACUGUGGACUCCUUCGUUCUGGCUCCGGGCCCUUUGCGUCCUGUCUACCAGAUGUAGGCGCCGAGAGCUAUUUCCGUGCUUGUUUACUCUCCUUGUGUUCUGCUCGUGGUGAUCAAACAGUACUGUGUGAAGCGCUGAAAGCCUAUGCAGAUGUCUGCCGAGAGGCUGGAAUUGCCAUACCCACAUGGAGGAACUCUACUUUCUGCUCGCUCGAGUGUGGCAAGAACAGCCAUUAUAAUUCAUGUGCCGAUGGCUGUCCAGAGGUGUGCUCCAGUCUAGAUCAAUCGAGCUUAUGUGGUAGCUGUGAGGAAAGAUGCGAGUGCGACCACGGGUUCAGUCUCAGUGGGGGUAAAUGUGUCCCAGCAGAGCAUUGUGGGUGCUGGCAUAAUGGAAAACACUAUGAGAGAGGGGGAAUGACUGUGGAGGGCGACUGUGUGCAACAGUGCCAAUGCAUUGGCAAUAAUACCAUGCGAUGCACUGCAAUGACGUGUGCAAGUGAUGAAGUUUGUAAGGAAAAAAAUGGCAUCAAAGGCUGCUUCCCGUUCAAACCCGCCACAUGUAGUGUGUAUGGCGAUCCACAUUACGUUACCUUUGACGAACUGGCUUACAGCUUUCAAGGGGGCUGUGCUUACACUCUCGCGACAACAUGUGGCAGGCACAGCACAGUGCAGUUCACUGUAACUGGCUUCAACAUCCACCCUGCAGGACAAAAUUUUACUAGAGCUAAACUUGAAGCUGUGGUUCUUCAGCUUGAUGGACUGGAUGUCACCUUGAAUCAGAGUGGGCAAGUCGAUGUCCAUGGCGUCUCCGUCAGACUUCCUUAUUCAACCAAUGGGUCAUAUGGCUCACUGUGGAUCUUUGUGAAGGAGGAUUACACCGUUCUGGAGACUACCUUUGGCUUGAAAUUAUGGAUAGAUGGACACGGCAGGUUGUUCUUGCAAGUGGAUGAACGUUACGAAUAUGAACUCUGUGGUCUGUGUGGCACCUACUCUGGAUAUCAAGAGGAUGACUUCAUGAUGCCAGGAGGUCAUAUUGCCUCUGGAUCAUUUGAAUUUGGUGACAGCUGGAGAACUCAUACCACUGAAGAAUGCACUGCCCAUCCAAAUGAUCCUAGAGAAUGUGACAAUGAUGGGACUGUGGCCAAUGAGGAAUGUUCCAUGGUGUUUCAUGGGGCCUUUGAGGCUUGCCAUGAGUAUGUUCACCCAAGCAUCUACUUCAGCAGUUGUGUAUAUGACUAUUGUGCCACAAGUGGUGAUCAGCUCACUUUUUGCGAAUCCCUGAAGUCUUAUGCCACAGCAUGCCAAGUUGAAGGAGUGGAACUCUCUAGCUGGCAAACUGGCACACCAUGUGAUUUCUCAACUCCAGAUCCAACAAUUCCAGGCACUACAUCUCUAAACAUCAAUUCCUGUCCCCUUAACUGCAGCUUUGACACAAAUAUGUGUGGAUGGGAGCAGCUCAUUCAAGACAGUUUUGACUGGACAAGACAUUCUGGAUCUACACCAUCAGAUUUGACGGGACCAAACCAGGACCACACCACAGGAGCUGGUUUUUACAUGUACCUUGAGGGAGAUGAUGUAACCUAUGGAGAUCCUGCUCGACUGUUGAGCCCAUCAUGCCAGUUUGAUGGCCCAAUCUGCUUCCACUUCUGGUACCACAUGCUUGGUUCAGCCACUAGUAUGGUUCUGAAUGUCUAUCAACUCCAAGGUAAUAAGGCUACCAGGGUAUGGACUACAGUGGACAACAAAGGACCUGAGUGGCAGUUGGGAUUAGCUGACCUGAGAAUUUCUGGUCCAUUCAAGUUAAUAAUUGAGGGAAUUCGAGGCUCCACUGCUCAGUCAGACCUGGCUAUAGAUGACAUUGCUAUCACUUCUGGGUCAUGUCCAGAUGCCUUCCCCAAUGUAACUGGAACUGCACUACCUUUCAUAACUACAAAAGUACCCCCAUUACUCCAAAUCUGCAACUUUGACUGUAGCUUCCAGAAUGGCUUAUGCACUUGGCGGCAGAUGAUCACUGACUCCUUUGAUUGGGAAAGGAACAAUGGCUCCACCCCUACUGAGAUGACUGGUCCCUCUAGCGACCACACUGGUGAUGGCCACUACAUUUAUAUUGAGUCCAUGAACACGACACAUGGUGACGCAGCUCGUCUUAUCAGCUCCCAGUGUACAAACACUGGUCCUCAGUGUCUGCAGUUCUGGUACCAUAUGUAUGGGUCAGCAGAUGCAAUGGGCCUCAAUAUUUACCUUCUUGAGAACAAAGUAGAUAAGGUAGUCUGGCAGAAGAGGAACAACCAUGGUGAUAUGUGGCACCUGGCCCAGGUUGAUCUAAACACAACUGCAGUGUUUCAGAUCAUCAUUGAGGGACGGAGGGGUUCCAAUGAUCAAUCAGAUGUGGCCGUAGAUGAUAUUGCACUGCACCAAGGAAGAUGUUCAGGUACAGUUCUUUUUAAAAUAUCCACCCAAAGUGUCAAUUCACCUACCAUGAUGGCUCCAGAACCCACAAUAGGAAAUGUUACAGCUCCCCUGAGUGUCACUUCGCCUACCACAACAGCUCUGGAACCCCUCACGCUGAAUGUUGUGCCUCAUACAAUUAAACUAAUGACCAUCAAUAUGGACAAUGCAACUAAAACUCCUGAGGAAGCCAAACACCCAGUAUGCAAUCUUGACUGUGACUUUGAAAAAGAUUUUUGCCAGUGGAGUCAGAUGCUCACUGAUGUGUUUGACUGGGAAAGGCAUAAUGGUUCCAUCCCUACACUGAUCACUGGUCCCCUCUCAGAUCACACCACAGGAGAUGGCCACUAUCUCCACCUUGACGCAAGCAUGGCAUCACUAGGGGACACUGCUCGUCUUAUUAGUACAGAGUGUUCAGACACUGGCCCACAAUGUCUAACAUUCUGGUACCAUAUGUCUGGCUCUGACACAAUGGGUCUUCAUGUAUACCUGCUUCAAGACAGAAAGGCUACCAUCUUGUGGAGAAGAAAUGACCAAGGAAAUGUGUGGCAUCUUGCUCAGGUGGACGUGGUGGGAAAUGGGACAUUUCAGAUCAUUUUUGAGGGCCAAAGAGGCACCAAUGAAUCUGGCGUAGCUUUGGAUGACAUAAAACUUCAUCGUGGAGGCUGCCAAGAUUUGGUCAACCCAGCAACUGUGGCACCAGCAAACUGGACUACAACAAAUGCCCCUGAGGUUCCAGCACCCUCCAGUGAGACUGGACUGCAUACUCCAACUACACAAAGCAAUGCUACUUCUAGACCACAGGUUCCAGCUACAACCAGCUCAGCACCCUCCAGUGAGACAAGGCCACAGCCGUCACCCACAGGUGGACCUCAUCCCCCAACUGCACAAGGCAAUGCUACUGCUGGGCCCCACGUUCCAGUUCCAACCAACCAAGCGCCCUCCAACGACACAAGGCCACAGCCUUCUCCCACAGGUGGGCCACAUCCUACUACUGCACGAGGCAAUGCUACUGCUGGGCCCCACGUUCCAGCUCCAACCAACCAAGCUCCCUCCAAUGACACAAGGCCACAGCCUUCUCCCACAGGUGGGCCACAUGCAACAACUGCACAAGGCAAUGCUACUGUUGGGCCUCAAUUUCCAGCUCCAACCAACCCAGCACCUUCCCCAGAGACUGGUUUACAGCCUCCAAAUUCAACUACAUCACAAACGCCUAAAAUUCCCCCCACAAAUGAAUCGCAAGUACCAACAUUGAGGCCGAACCUUUCCACUAAUCCUACAAUGAGACCCCAACAAACUGUUCCAGAACCAGGAGCGCCACAUGUUUCAACACCCUCUUGUGCAGAGAACAGUCACUACACCACUUGCAUUCCUGCAUGCAGCCCUACAUGCAAAAACCUGACUGGUCCACCACACUGCAGUUCAGAGAUUUCUUGUGACUCGGGAUGUGUAUGUGAUGAUGGCUUUGUACAAAAAGGGAGCAUUUGUGUGCCUGUUCAGAAAUGUGGAUGUAUUGACAGGAAUGGUGAAACUCACCAGUUCAAUGAAAUAUGGUACACCAGUCACUGCAAGCAGAAAUGCGAGUGUGAAGAAGAUGACGGAGAGGGAAAGGUUGACUGCAAAAACAAAGACGGGUGUGAAGAUGAUGCUGUGUGCCUUCAGCUUGAAACGGGCAAAUAUUAUUGCAAGUCUACAGACUUUGGUGAAUGCACUGUCCAGGGAAACCCACAGUACCAAACAUUUGAUAAACUGAAACAUGGUUUCAGUGGAACAAACUUGUAUGUGCUGGUGAGGACCAAAAAUCUGCCAAAGAAUCUCCCAGAAAUCUAUAUAGAGGGCACAAAUGCAUGCACUGAUGACAGCAGUGAGGAGAUGGAGAGAAGUGAAAUCAGUGGAGAGGAUGAUGAGGAGGAGGAGGAGCACAAACGAAGAUUGCAGGAGCUUAAAAUUAAAGUUUACAACCACACUGUAGAGCUUAAGCACAAGAGGAAAGUGUUCGUGGAUGGAAAAAGAAUUAAAGCUCCAGGUUCAGCAGCUCCUGGCCUUGAUAUCCAAAUGCAUUCUUCUCGCGUCUACCUAAAGACGGAUUUUGGCCUUUUGGUGGAGUUCAGUGGACACUGUAAAGCUGAUAUCAUUCUGCCGUUCCUCUAUAAAAGGAGAGUAGAAGGCUUGUGUGGAAACUUCGAUGGCCGAAAGACGAAUGACAAAGUGAAACCAGAUGGAACUAUCGCCAAGAAUACACAAGAGUUUGGGGAAAGCUGGAGAGUGCAUAUCUAGGAGUACAUUUUCAUGUUUCAUCUCCAACAUUGUAAAAUCAUCCUUGGAAGUAGUGUGGCACUGUGUCUUUUACAUUUUCAGACUGGCUUUGCUAUGAAUGUUCCAGUUUCCUUUGAUCAAUGUUUAUCUGCAACGUAAUCUCAUCUGUAAAAGUUUGCUAUUCUGGAUUUUCUAAUGCCGCGACUUGGAUAAAUGUCAUUUGAGUCUAAAUGCAAGAAACAUGAGUAUGUCAUGUGUAUUUCAAAUGCAGUAUCCUGCCUUCUGACAUUCGAGUCUAAUAAAUUCAAAGGAAAUGU